AUGCCGAAGGCGGAGGCCGCGGCGUUAGAUUGCGAGCACACGACGCGUUGGAGCUGUGAGGAGCAGGUCGUAAACCCGCAUAACCCCGAUACAGCGGCCAAGCGGCGGCGGAGCUCGGGUUCAAACUCUGCGGAGCCCGCGGCAGCCGCGACGGCAUCGGGCAAGCGGCCGGCUGCAGCUGCGGUCUGCAGCAUGCCUCCCGGCCUGCAGCAGAGCGCGACGCAGCGCGUCUCGCAGUGCCUACUCAGCACGAUGUGCUCCCAGCGCGAGGAGCCGGCGCGCCAGAUGUCACAGGCGCAGGAGGACGACCUGCGCGGCUUCUAUGACCAAUUAAUGCGGCGGCUGCAAGCCGACGGCUGGGCGGAGGGUUGGUCGGCCGUCAAGUCGCAGAUUCUCGAAGCGGCGGGGAGCGGCUCGGUGCUGUGUGGCCGGUUUGGGCUGUGCGACAUCGUGGUCGGGCACGAGAAGCGUGGCGGGGUGGAGGGCGAGAACCUGCUCAUCGGCCGCGUGCAGUUCAUCGCGCUCCGCACGGCGCACGAGGUUGCCAUUUUCGACUGCUGGUCCAAGUGCGGCACGAGGACCGUCGAGCGGAGCGACGGGCGCGCGCCGCUGCUCUCGUCUCGGCCCGGCUCGCGCCGCGUGCUCCUAUUCGCGCCGGGCGAGCGGUUCGUGCUCGAGGUCGGCGAGACGGCGCGCGUCACCUUCAACCCGCGGGCUGCGGCUGCGUAG